GGGGGGCGGUGGCUGCUGAGGCGACCGUUACGCGCGCGGGCGGUUGCUCGGGCCGGAGCGCCCGGAGCGGGAGCGAGCGGCGCGGCCCGGGCACUGUUUGAAGAAGCAAACAUGGUAGCAUCAAGCAUUCCCUCAAAUAUGGCUCCACGGGAACAAUGAGACGUGCUCUUUGUCUUGGAAGCUCAUCAGAAUGUUUAGAGUUGGGGAGGCGUCCAAGCGCCCAUUGCCUGGGCCGGCGCCCCCAAGGGUGCGGAGUGUGGAGGUUGCCCGGGGGAGGGCCGGCUAUGGAUUCACACUUUCGGGACAGGCGCCCUGUGUGCUCAGCUGCGUCAUGAGAGGGAGCCCUGCGGAUUUCGUGGGCCUCCGAGCUGGAGACCAGAUAUUUGCUGUCAAUGAAAUCAACGUGAAAAAAGCAUCUCAUGAAGAUGUAGUGAAAUUAAUUGGGAAGUGCUCUGGUGUCCUGCACAUGGUGAUCGCUGAAGGCAUCGGCCGCCUGGAAUCCUGUUCCAGUGACGAAGACGGGGGACUCUAUGAAGGAAAAGGCUGGCCGAAACCCAAGCUGGAUUCUAAAGCACUCGGUAUAAACAGAGCAGAGCGAGUCGUGGAGGAAAUGCAGUCUGGUGGAAUUUUCAAUAUGAUUUUUGAAAACCCGAGCCUUUGUGCGAGCAGUUCAGAGCCCUUGAAAUUGAAACAAAGAUCGCUUUCGGAGUCGGCCGCAGCUCGAUUUGAUGUUGGACAUGAAAGUAUAAAUAAUCCAAAUCCCAGCAUGCUUUCUAAGGAGGAAAUAUCAAAAGUUAUUCAUGAUGAUUCGGUUUUCAGCAUUGGACUAGAAAGUCAUGACGAUUUCACAUUGGAUGCAAGUAUUUUAAACGUGGCGAUGAUUGUGGGCUACUUAGGCUCCAUUGAGCUUCCUUCCACGAGUUCCAACCUGGAGUCCGACAGCUUACAAGCCAUCCGCGGCUGCAUGCGGCGCCUGCGGGCAGAGCAGAAAAUCCACUCGCUGGUGACCAUGAAGAUCAUGCACGACUGUGUGCAGCUGAGCACUGACAAGGCUGGGGUCGUGGCCGAGUACCCGGCCGAGAAGCUGGCCUUCAGCGCCGUGUGCCCGGAUGACCGGCGAUUUUUUGGGUUGGUGACCAUGCAGACGAAUGAUGACGGGAGCCUGGCCCAGGAGGAGGAGGGCGCCCUGCGGACUUCCUGCCACGUAUUCAUGGUGGACCCAGACUUGUUUAAUCACAAGAUCCACCAAGGCAUUGCUCGGCGGUUUGGGUUUGAGUGCACGGCUGACCCGGACACCAAUGGCUGUCUGGAAUUCCCGGCGUCCUCCCUCCCUGUCCUACAGUUCAUCUCUGUCCUGUACCGAGACAUGGGUGAGCUGAUUGAGGGCAUGCGGGCCCGCGCCUUUCUGGAUGGGGACGCCGAUGCCCACCAGAACAACAGCACCAGCAGCAACAGUGACAGCGGCAUCGGGAACUUCCACCAGGAGGAGAAGAGCAACCGAGUCCUUGUGGUGGACCUGGGUGGGAGCUCAAGCAGGCACGGCCCCGGAAGCAGCGUGUGGGACGGUGUGGGUGGGAGGGGUACCCAGCCCUGGGGUGCUCCCUGGACUGGGCCCUUCUGUCCGGACUCCGAAGGGAGCCCCCCAUUUGAGGCCGCUCAUCAGACUGACAGGUUCCGGGACCUAAAUAAGCACCUAGGACCGGCCUCUCCUGUGGACGUGCCUUCAGCUUCUUUGAGGAGCUCAGUCCCCCCUUCCAAGAGGGGCACCGUGGGCGCCAGCUGUGGUUUCAACCAGCGCUGGCUCCCGGUUCACGUGCUCCGGGAGUGGCAGUGCGGACAUGCCAGCGACCAGGAGUCUUACACAGAUUCCACUGACGGCUGGUCCAGCGUCAACUGCGGCACACUGCCCCCUCCUAUGAGCAAGAUCCCCGCAGACCGCUACAGGGUGGAGGGCAGCUUCGCGCAGCCCCCACUGAGCGCUCCGAAGAGGGAGUGGUCCAGGAAGGCCUUUGGAAUGCAAAACAUUUUUGGUCCCCAUCGAAGUGUUCGAAAGACUAAGGAAGAUAAAAAGGGCUCAAAAUUUGGGCGGGGAAUUGGACUCACUCAGCCUUCUCAACGCACGUCUGCUCGGAGAUCGUUUGGGAGAUCCAAGAGAUUCAGUAUCACUCGCUCCCUUGAUGAUCUUGAGUCUGCAACUGUGUCUGAUGGCGAGUUGACGGGCGCCGACCUGAAGGACUGCGUCAGCAACAACAGCCUGAGCAGCAAUGCCAGCCUCCCCAGCGUGCAGAGCUGCCGGCGCCUGCGUGAGAGGAGGGUCGCCAGCUGGGCCGUGUCCUUCGAGCGCCUGCUGCAGGACCCCAUCGGUGUCCGCUACUUCUCUGAUUUUCUAAGGAAAGAAUUCAGUGAAGAAAACAUUUUAUUCUGGCAGGCCUGUGAAUAUUUUAAUCAUGUUCCUGCACAUGACAAAAAGGAGCUUUCCUACAGGGCCCGGGAGAUUUUCAGUAAGUUUCUGUGCAGCAAAGCCACCACCCCGGUCAACAUCGACAGCCAGGCCCAGCUAGCAGACGAUGUCCUCCGUGCACCUCACCCGGAUAUGUUCAAGGAGCAGCAGCUCCAGAUCUUCAAUCUCAUGAAGUUUGAUAGCUACACUCGCUUUCUGAAGUCCCCACUGUACCAGGAAUGCAUCUUGGCGGAAGUGGAGGGCCGUGCACUCCCGGACUCCCAGCAGGUCCCCAGCAGCCCGGCUUCCAAGCACAGCCUCGGUUCAGACCAGUCCAGUGUGUCCACGCCAAAAAAGUUAAGUGGAAAAUCAAAAUCCGGCCGAUCCCUGAACGAAGAAAUGGGAGAUGAGGAUAGUGAGAAGAAGCGGAAAGGCGCGUUUUUCUCGUGGUCACGGACCAGGAGCACCGGGAGGUCCCAGAAGAAGAGGGAGCACGGGGACCAUGCAGACGACCCCCUGCAUGCCAAUGGAGGCCUGUGUCGCCGAGAGUCCCAGGGCUCUGUGUCCUCUGCAGGGAGCCUGGACCUGUCGGAGGCCUGCAGGACUUUGGCACCCGAGAAGGACAAGGCCACCAAGCACUGCUGCAUUCACCUCCCGGAUGGGACAUCCUGCGUGGUGGCUGUCAAGGCGGGCUUCUCCAUCAAAGACAUCCUGUCUGGACUUUGUGAGCGGCAUGGCAUCAAUGGGGCGGCCGCAGACCUCUUCCUGGUGGGCGGGGACAAGCCUUUGGUGCUGCACCAAGACAGUAGCAUCUUGGAGUCAAGGGACCUGCGCCUAGAAAAGCGCACCUUGUUUCGGCUGGAUCUUGUUCCGAUUAACCGGUCAGUGGGACUCAAGGCCAAGCCCACCAAGCCCGUCACGGAGGUGCUGCGGCCCGUCGUGGCCAAGUAUGGCCUGGACCUCGGUGGCCUGCUGGUGAGGCUGAGUGGAGAGAAGGAGCCCCUGGACCUUGGCGCCCCUAUAUCGAGUCUGGACGGACAGCGGGUUGUCUUGGAGGAGAAGGAUCCUUCCAGAGGAAAGGCAUCCACAGAUAAACAGAAAGGUGUGCCAGUCAAACAGAACAUAGCUGUAAAUUCCAGCUCCAGAAACCACUCGGCUACGGGAGAGGAAAGAACACUAGGCAAGUCUAAUUCUAUUAAAAUAAAAGGAGAAAAUGGAAAAAAUGCUAGGGAUCCCCGGCUUUCAAAGAGAGAAGAAUCUAUUGCAAAGAUUGGGAAAAAAAAAUAUCAGAAAAUUAAUUUGGACGAAGCAGAGGAGUUUUUUGAGCUUAUUUCCAAAGCUCAGAGCAACAGAGCAGAUGACCAACGUGGGCUGCUAAGGAAGGAAGACCUGGUGUUGCCAGAGUUCCUCCGUUUACCUCCUGGUUCCACAGAACUCACCCUCCCCACUGCAGCUGCCGUGGUCAAGGGCUUUAGCAAGAGAAGCGCCACAGGCAACGGCCGGGAGAGUGCCUCCCCGCCCAGCGAGCAGUGGGAGCCAGCCCAGGAGAGCAGCGACAGCCCGUCCACCAGCCCGGGCUCAGUCCCCAGCCCCCCUGGGCCUCCCGGGACGACCCCCACCGGGCAGAAGUCUCCCAGCGGGUCCUUCUGCACUCCCCAGUCUCCCGUCUCCCUCGCGCAGGAGGGCACCACGCAGAUCUGGAAGAGGCAGUCUCGGGAAGUGGAGGCCGGGGGCAUCCAAACGGUGGAGGAUGAGCACGUGGCCGAGCUGACCCUGAUGGGGGAGGGGGACAUCAGCAGCCCCAACAGCACCUUGCUGCCGCCGCCCUCCGCCCCCCAGGACGUGCCAGGACCUUCCAGACCAGGAAGCGGGACCCACGGCAGCCAAGGCCUCCCGGUCAACAGAAUCAUCGACGUGGAUCUUGUAACUGGCCUGGCGCCCGGGUGGGAUGGUGGCAUCGCGGGGACACGGGCUGGCCCUGGGAGGUCGCAGGCCGGUGGUGGGCCUCCUACGUCAGACCUCCCUGGCCUGAGCCCUGUCCCAGGUGAGCCCGCAAAGCCCAGGGCCAGCACACACCAUGCCACCUUCGUCUGAGCUGCCCUGGCCUGGCCAACUCUCCCGUGGACAUGUCGGGGUGCGGCAGCCCCAGUGGAUUCUGUGAGCCUCAGAGGGGCCACCGCAACCACCAACACCCUCAGGAGCCAGGAGGGCAGGGGGUGACCUCACUGGAGGCACUGGCCCCAGACAUUCACCAUGCUGGCCCUGGCCCCUGCUGCCCAAUAAAGCAUUUCUGAGGACC